UACUACUCCGGCACUUUUCUUCGGAAAGGUGCAUUAUCAUCACGGCGCUACAAAAGCAAGUCGUCAAGUUAAUUGUUUUCCGGGGUCAUCAGAAUCCAAACGCUCGAUGAAUGAUAUUGGCACCACUACCUUUCUCGAUAUUAAACAAUAUGGCCCUAAAUCUCAAUCUAGUCAAUUUUCUUCAGAACAUAAACCGGGAUACCAAAUUGAUCUCCCGGCCGUUAGCAUGUUGCCGGUUAAAGAUAUUUUAAGAAAUCGCAUUUUAUCUCUUGAUAUUGAUAGAUGUGAAUCAGAUGCUGAAAAUGCUUUUUUUGUCGCCAACCUUGACGAAGUAUAUAAUCAACAUUUUCGCUGGAAAUCGCUUUUGCCACGAAUUGAACCAUUUUAUGCCGUAAAAUGCAACCCCGACCCACUGCUACUUAGACUCCUCGCUGCAUUAGGAACGGGUUUUGAUUGCGCCAGUAAAGUUGAAAUUCAGACGGUUCUUGAUAUUGGUGUUGACCCAUCAAAGAUUAUUUAUGCGAAUCCUUGCAAACAAGCGUCAUUUGUGCGUUAUGCGGCGGAACAUAAUGUCAAAAUGAUGACAUUUGAUAAUUCAGAUGAACUUUAUAAAAUUAAACGUUAUUUCCCAGAUGCUCAAUUGGUGCUUCGUAUUCUCACUGACGAUUCUAUGUCGCUUUGUAAAUUGGGCUUAAAAUUUGGCGCUUCCUUAGAUUCUACAGGGUCAUUGCUGCAAACGGCUCGAAAAUUGGAUUUAAAUGUGAUUGGUGUAAGUUUCCAUGUCGGUAGUGGAUGUUACGACGAAAAUGCCUUUAUCGAUGCUGUUCAUCGUGCUAAGUUUGUGUUCGAUCAAGCUUCGGAACUAGGAUUUAAUUUUCAUUUACUCGACGUCGGAGGUGGUUUUUCACAUUCCCGCGAUUGUGAUGGCAUUACCUUUGAAAAAAUAGCGGCUAUUCUUGGACCAGAAAUCGAUAGCUUAUUUCCGCCUAACGUUCGUGUCAUUGCCGAACCAGGACGUUAUUAUGCGGCACCUGCCUUCACUAUCGCAACUCAUAUUAUUGCACGAAGAACUGUACUUAGUAAUGGUGAUGUGCAAACCUUGGAUAUGGAUACCGUUUUAAAUGAUGAAUCACCAACUCGGGAAGAUCAUUCAGGAUAUAUGUAUUAUAUCAAUGAUGGAGUAUACGGAGCUUUCAAUUGCAUUUUGUAUGACCACCAGAUAGUUCAUCCCAAAGUUUUAUUUAAAGGAGGAAUUUUUACAUUUGGUGAAAAUUUGGAUGAACCCGUGUAUGACUGUAGCAUCUGGGGACCUACAUGUGAUUCAAUUGAUUGUAUUACCACGGCGAGCAGUCUUCCCGUUUUAUUACCCGGCGAUUGGUUGUAUUUCGAGGAAAUGGGGGCAUAUACUAUAUGCGCUGCAUCACAAUUUAAUGGGUUUAAAAAAAGUAAUGUUAUAUACACUGCCACAAAUCCAGAG